AUGUCCGCCGAUCAGAAGAUGAGCAGCAGCACUGAAGCAACAACUAUUACUCUUGAUCGUCAAGAAGAUGAUAACUCAAAAACCACCAUUAACAAAGGAAAGUCCAUCAAGAGUAUCGUUAACCCAAAAGCCGCCACAAGCCACAACAAAGGUUUGUCGAUUCUGGACUUCGUGCUCCGACUCUUGGCUACUGCUGCUGCUUUGGCUGCGACUGCCACCAUGGCCAGUACCCAACAAGUCCUUCCUUUUUUCACCCAGUUCUUUCAGUUCCGUGCCGAGUACAAUGACAUUCCCACUUUCAGCUCUUUCCUGAUAGCUAACGGAGUGAUUAGUGGGUAUCUUGUCCUCUCAUUACCCUUCUCCUUCGUUUGUAUCGUUCGCCCUCGCGCAGCUGGGCCUAGACUCUUUCUCAUCGUCUUGGAUACAGUGAUAAUGGCUGUUAAUUUAACGGCGGCAGCGGCGGCGGCAGCGAUAGUAUAUUUGGCUCACAACGGGAAUUCGAACGCCAACUGGUUUCCGAUCUGUCAGCAGUUUGGUGAUUAUUGCCAGAGUGCCAGUGGAGCUGUUGUGGCCUCCUUUGUUGCAGCAGCAAUCCUCUCGUUUCUGGUUCUCGUCUCAGCCUUUGCUCUAAGAAGAAUGUGA